GGAAGCUCGUCAUGCGCGGGCGGCGCUCGCGUCGGUUCCGCGGUGGCGCGCAAGGCGAGGCGCGGACCGAAAUGGGACGCUCCUCGUCUUCAAAGCCGGAGCGCAGGACCAGGACAUGAAUCGUCAUGGCGUGGACUCUCAGACGCGUCCUCAAGCGCCGAAAUGUUGUCGCCGCGCUCUUCCUGUUUGGCUUGUUCUACAUGUUGCGGCAACUGCUGUCACUGCGCGAAGUUGACGUCAGCAUCGCCUCGCUGAGAAGUCGCAGCUCCUCUGCUGCUCCCGCUGUCAGUUCCAGUACGUCAAGGUCGGGAGUAGCACCACUCGCGCAGGUGGAGUUUCCUGCUCACGGAGUUCGCGGUGUAUCGCCACACGAUGCCACAAGCUAUGUGCCAGGAAAGACCUUUAAGUGCCUACGCAGUUCGGGUGUGAUUAGCUAUGACCAGGUGAAUGAUGACUACUGCGACUGCAAGGACGGCUCAGAUGAACCAGGCACCAGUGCCUGUCCCAAUGGAAGGUUCUACUGCCGGCGGCACAAUACACGCAGUCCCAAGUAUGUUCUUUCCAUGCGUGUCAACGAUGGCAUCUGUGAUUGCUGUGAUGGCAGUGACGAGUGGAAUGGCGCCCUCCUCCUGUCCAGCCUGCAGCUCUCUGACGAGCAGCAAGCUCGGGCGGGUGUGUACCAAGCACCAUGCAAGGACCGCUGCUGAUUGUGACCAGCAGGCCUGCCACAAAGUCAAGCCUGCCGCUGUCUUCUGCCACGAUGGUGUUUGUACGCCACAGUCACUGCACCACAGAUAGUGUGCCACAGCAUAGUAGGGCUUGCGAGCUAGUCGAUUGUGUGUGUUUCACAUUUGAAAGUAAGCAUGAUACUUGACACACAUGCAUGAAAUAGAAAACAAGAUGCAUUGGCGACGCUUUUUCUACAAUUGCCAGUGAAAAGAAAGUACAGACAGUCAAUUGGCCUAGUUGCAGCAAGGAGCUUUUCUUAGGGCCUCUCAGGCCAUUGCAAGAUUGGCAGAUCGUUUCUGCUCAGAAAAGCGCUUGGCAGGGUGCCCGUGAUUCAGCUAACUAGCACAAGUGGAGUACCCGGCUAUUUGGAGUGAUUAAGGCUGCGUUGAAAGUAACGUGCAAAGCAAUUGACAUUCUUUGUUGCAUGCUAUGUGAAAUCUGAAAACAGCAACAGCUCAAAGCUGUGUGCGUACACAGCCUGCUGGUGGCAUACAUUUGCUGCAAUGCCAGCAACACUCCCUUACUGCUCCUGCCCUUUCGGAAAAGUUGUCUCAGAUAACCUAUGCAACAUUCCUACCUAUAUGCAUCAUUCUUGCACUUUCUUUGUACUUUAUUUGCAUUUUCUUUGUACUCUUUGCUGGUUGGCUCUUGGUCAGUAGUACGUCUUGUCUCCUAGCUUCUUUACGCACGUGCUGAAUGGCUCAGAGUGGAUGCAAAUGUCUUGGUCACUGAGCUGGAGUGUGCCAGAACCAAAAUUGUGUGAAAGUGGCUGGACAAUGUCGGGGUUAUCCAUUUUGUGGGUGACUUCACUUUUGACCUCUUAUUCUUUCCUUCCUUUUUCUUUUUUACUUGGCAACUGCUUCCUUGUCUAGCAGGGUAAUUUCAAAUGAGGCUUCCAGCUGGAUAGUUUCACACAGAGCUUCCAUCUGCUGGGUGUAACCCAGCUGCAAGGAGAACUCAUCCAGGCAGCACCUGAUUGUGCAGACGGCGGUGCACUGCAGAAUCCUUCCAUUGGUCACAGGCUGCUGACCUUUUGGUCAAGUGUCUCUUUUUAAAACGAAUCGCUAACAGCUGUUAAAGAUGUCUUGGGUUCACCUCGAGGUCUGUACAAAUUUCUUGUCAGUACUACCUUUGUAAAAGGUGCUGAACAAGGAAUUUAUACCAAAUCUGAAGUGUAAAUCUUGCUGCUUUGGCAUUGCUUAGUGAUGGCGUACUGCAGUAGUAUUGGCAGCUUAGUCCUAAAGCGGUGACUUGGGAGGGAAUGGGGUUAUGUGCAGAGAGUGAGCACUUAUAGGGGCUGGAGUUGGUGCGAGGCACUCGGAAACACAAGCUGGUCCCGGUUAGGAUGAGAGCAACACAUAUAGUACCUGUGUUAGAGUAGAAAGGCUAGUGUUGUGAAGCCGCAUGAUGCAGCAGCGUGCAGCAAAAGUUCCUGCUUCCUUUCAUUACGAGAAAGCUAGAAAGGUUUCCAGUGGAAAGCACCGAUGUGGACAGAAGGUGGAGACGACACACGACAGCGGUGCAUCGUUUGUUGUAUUCUUUCCAUGUCAGUGCUUACUGCUGGAAACCUUUCAUGCAAUGUGCAACCAAAUGAUGCUCAGGCAAACCUUAGUAUUCUCGUGUUCCUUUCAUUGACGAGGAAACAGAACGCUUGCAGAAGCGGUGGGCAGAUUGAAUUUCUCACUUCGAGCACUUCCAUUGGCACUCAAUGUUGUUCUCAAUUUACAUGACAUUCUUCUCUGUAAACUGAUAUGUUGUGCUGUGGGGGCAUAAUGAUGGGACGGGGAUCUGUCCAGACUUGGCAUUUCCCUGUCUAUUGACAGCGGAUGCACGCUCUGCCUCUCAAUGGAAGAGCAGCCCAUGGACGUGUGAGAAGGUGGAGGUAAUGCUGACAGGUUUUGCUCCCUCAAGCAAUAGCUGUGGCACAUGCUCCAUUGGCAAAUGGUGAAACAGUGCGCAUGACAUGUCUCGAAUGGUUGCACAUUACGUUCUCACACUUAAGUUCCCUUGCUCGCAAAGGAAAACUUGAAAGAAAGAGGCAUACUCAUAGAACAUCGAAAAAGUUUUCUUUAUGUGUAUAUAAAUCACUAUGUUUUGCUUAAUUUUUUUAUGUGUCCAGCAUCUGAACAUAUGAAGUUUUUAAAAGAUCAUUGCAACCGAUGGCAGUGAAAAAAAAGAGAAGCACAACAGCCUCGUGCAUAUCUGGCGUGCAAGUUGGGCUGAGUGCAAACUCUCCUUGAAUGACGAGACUAGCACUUCUAUUUGUAAACUUGCUUUGUUUUCUUAUAUUGACCGUAUGUGUAUCAAUGAGCCUGGUGCUGUGUGGGGGGCUCAUAACCUUGUUUUGAUGUCGCAGCAAGUCUUUUAAGGCUGCAUUUCGCACAUUAUCUAGAGUUUCCGUGGCUGCUGUUGGCAUGGCCGCAGUUGCCAAGGUCACGGUCGCUGUGGCUACAGUUGCAUACUUGCGUUCACUCACGCAGGGCUUCCUUGUACCUUUUAAAUUUCUUUUAUGGUAGGAGAUGCAACACUGUAUGGGGAAAUGGUACACCAACCUCAGAUGUCAGCAUUGCCUUGUGAUAGCACUGUGUACACAACGCACAAAGUGGACCAAAUAGACCGUGCAUCAGAAGCAGAGGGCUGCCAUGCCUGCAGGGCAAUCUAACUUCAGCCUCCAAGGUUGUGGAGUUUCUGUCGGUGCAUGGAAGCAGCUGUGUGUCAAAGCAGACAUGUAGCUCAACAAAGCAAGCAUGUUGCAAUGGCGCUGCAUUUCGUUUUGUACGCAUUCGAUCAUUGUCUGGUCAUGUCCCCGAAUGCGUAGUCUUGCCAGUCAUUUCACUACAUUUAGUCGUGCUACUACUUUGUUCUGGUUACUUACUAUGGGUCUUUGCAUUCAUCGUCUUUCCACUGGUCGGGGGCUGGCGCACUCUUAAGCUAUUGGUACCGGUUCCAAUUUUAGUUUUCCAGUCAUCGAAAUGCUUUUUCUUUUUGUUACUUGUUAGAGCUCAGUAUUAUUGUCUGGUUGCAUGGUUGGGCCUGUUCUUUUUCGAAGUCCUCAUUUUAUAUACUUACCAGGCUGGUGAGAUUUCAGUACCUGUGAUUGUAUAUAAUGAUGCCUCAUAUUGUUUCACAAGCAGUGUGUGGACAACUUCCAGUAGGGUAACCAAAUUUAGCACUGGUAUUGAAUGACUGUGUGUGCACUGUGAAAUAAAUGCCUCACAAUAAAGUUACCUGCCUGUCUCAGAAA